AUGUCUUCAGUUCUUAAGAGCCUGAGGGUGGACGACCGCACGUUAGCUCUUCUUCAGAAACUGAAGGAGGACAUCAGCCUGCUUCAGGAUUCCAAUGCUUGGAAAACCAUCCAGGAGAAGUUCGACCAAACUAAAGAUUUGUUGAAUGGCGCCCUUUCCAAAAUAUUUAAAGGGGGCCAGGCUUUCGGGGUCAGGGGGAAGGUUCUCUUCACGCUCACCUCCACCUGUUUGCUGGGUGAAUUCUGGUUGUUGCACAGGUUGAAAUUCAGUAAUGUCCGCAUCUUGAAUUUCAAAGCCGAACCAACUCCUGAUGGCCAAGGCCUUCGCCUGAGGUACUCCACCUCUGCUGAUGUCUCCUUGACCCUGCCUCUGGUUAGGAAGGCAGUCCACCUGAACGUUUCCUUGGACCUCCUGGCUACUGUCCAAAUUGAAACUGAUCCCAAGACUGGUGGUUCCAGAGUGGUCAUGACAGAAUGCGCCAGCGACCCAGACAGCAUCUCAUUCACCUUGUUGGGCGAACACAGCAAACUGGUCAACAAGCUCUCAGGCACUUUGAGCAGCUUCCUGAGCGACACUGUGUCC